GGAGAUAAAAUGGCCUCCAGAAGAGUAGUCUUGUUCUGUGUGUGUGUUUUAUGGUGCGCCUCAGAGUUCUCCUGUGGUAUCAAGCUGAGGGUGGAGCCAAAUGAAUUUCCACUGCGUAAAUAUGUAGGAGAAAGCCUGAACCUUACCUGCUCUGUGGACUAUGAACAGGAUGAGGAGUCAAAGCCUGAAAUAGCCUGGGUCAUCCCUACCAACAAUGAGGGGCGGGUGCACCAGAUGGAGGCCACCCACAUGUUAAGGGUGACCAUCACAGACCUCAAGGAGACGGAUGGUGGCAACUACACCUGCAGCCUCAAGCCAGACCUUAACACCCUUAUCAAGUCAAGCGUCACUGUGGUCAUCCUGCCUCGUGGUCAGAUUUCCCACUGCUCACCAAAUAAAUUCAGCUGUGGGACUGGAGCGUGUGUUGCCAUGCGCUAUAAGUGUGACGGCCUGCCUGACUGUCAGAAUGGCAGGGAUGAAAUCCGUUCACUUUGUGGGCCAGACCCAUGUGCCACAAAGCUUGCUUGUGACGACGGCCGCUGCCUGGCCCGUGACAUGUGUUGCAAGGAAAGAGACAAGCACUAUCCUAACUGUACCAUAAGCCCCUCAAUACAAUGUUGCCGGCAGUUGGUGCAUCCUGCCAUCCUGGACCCAGAUCUGUAUUACAAAGACUACAAGCAGAGUCUCCAGCAACACAGAAAUCAACAGCCUGACUCAACAUUGGUUAUGGGUUGCAUAGUGGCAGUGGCAAACCUGGUAACAGUGGCCAUCAUUGUUGGAGUGCGAUAUCACCUAUGGCGAUCAAAUGGCAUUUCAUCGCGGCCACAUUACCGACUCAGCCGACUGCGAUCAGCAACGCUCCGUCCAUUUGGCUGGGGCUCCUCCCUUUCACCUCCAUCAACCACAGACCAGUACCAGUUGAGGGCAGCUGACACCCUAUACUCAAGGAGGAUUCCAAGUCUUCGCUCAGACCUGCUGGCUCCUGAGAUUGUCCAGGAGCAGCGGCAACAGUGCUCACGCCAGCAGCGGCAGUUCAGUGGUGGUGUGGUGCUAUGUCCUCCCUCACAUUCCCAGCCUCCUCAAUACUCCCAGUUGCCAACCAACCCCCAGGGGCCACCUCCUUCCUACCACCAGGUUGUGGGAGCACCUCCUCCUCCCUACUGCUCCCGGGACGACCUCACCCCAGGGGGCUUGGGUGACAACUCCCCCCUAGCCAUUUUGACACCCCUCCUCCCCUCAAACUUCCAAAAUAAUAACAAUGGAGACAUCAAUGGUAAUAAUACCCCACAUCUCACAGUGGUACACAAUCACAAUUCUGACAGUGCAGCAGCUGCCUCCACCUCCCACCAAGCACCACCACAAGCAAGGAACAAGUAAGACAUACCUUGUGUGGUGGUCGUUGCUCUUCUGUGAUUGUGGAGUAAUCUUAUUGUUAAUGUUAGUUGGACCUAUGUUGUGACUCAGUGGAACCUGUACGUACAAGUACUAUGCAGCUAACAAAUUACAUGUAGGUGUUUGAUAUGGUUUAUGGAUAGUUAAUUAGGCACACAUUUUAUUGGAUUGCUUCAUUAUAAUGCAGUUUAACAUACUGCAUAUAUCAUACUGUAGUGAAUACAGCAUGGAAUUGUAUCUCCAUAUUCUUUUCUAACAAAUGCUGACUAAUGCAAGGCAGGUUUUGGAAAUAUCUGUCCUUCAGAGAGGCUGCUUUAUUAUGCUGUGAGGUUAUAGGGAGCUUUAGGUUUAAGGGUAUUUAGCAGUGAAGUGUUAACAUGAUCAUGGCAUCUGUAAUAGAACGGUUGAGUCUCAUAUUGGUAUUGUUUGUUGAGUACAGAGUGAGCAAAGGAACUGUGGAAUAAAUAGGUUAGGAAAAGAAUUUGUGGACAGACUUUGGUGUGGCACACAGUUAUCAUGACUAAAAUUUAAAUGUCUAACAUUUCUACCAUUAAGAAAUGUGUCUGAAAUACUCAUUGAGGAAAACUGGAAAAAAAUAAGGCUAUUGCAUUGGAUUCAGAGUGCAAAUGUGCACAGUGCAUCAAAUUGUCCUUAUCUCUGUGACAGUGAGGGCUUCCUAAUGCUAAGAUAACACACACUGUGUCAAAUUCACCUUUAUGCUAUAUUUUCUUUAGGUAAGUAAUUGCAUUCCAAUUUUUUACUAUACUGUAGACAAGUUGUGAGAAUUAUAAAAAGUGAUCUCUUGUAUUCUGUUUGAGCAAACUUUCAGUUUACAGAUGAAACACAAAUGUAUGUUACACUUUGCCCCCACAUUUAAGAGUGUGUCACAAGCUACCAGUGUUCAAGGCAGCUCUGUGAUAUUUAAAGAUAUGACAGUGGUUCACUUUUUAUAUGUUAUGAGUAACAUGUUUGUGCAGAUGUAUCAUCAGUAUUAUUACUAGAUAAAAAAACUGAAGCUUUUUAGGAAAGAAGUGAGGCAGUUAAUAGAAUGAAAUAUUCUUAUUAUAUUUUUAUGAGUCACAUUGGUAGUUUGAGGUAUGAGAACCAGGAUCUGGUUGUGCCAAACCCCUGAAGUACUGCUGUUGUUUUUUAUAGAUAGUACAGUAAUCCCUCCAAUAUCCAUCCUAGUUUGUCUAUGGCAGGUCUGGAAAUCUGGAAGACAGAGUGGCCUAUGAGGUGAUUCAAAGUGUGACAGGUCCAAAGAAGAAGGAUGGCAAGUGUAUGUCCAAACAUUUAACUGGAUGUGUGUCCAUGUACAGUUACAUCUGAAUAUUGAUGAUGUAGAUCUUGUUGACUCUGGAAGGAUGAGCAUAUCUAGAGUGAAUCAAGUUGUUAUUAAAAUUUUGUUUCAUUAUUCACAGGAAACUGCAGGGAAAGCUGGAUGCAGAUGUGACUGUUAGAGUCAUCUGGCUUAUCUUUUAUGUUGUCUAUCUCUUUAAAAUUAAUAGGAGUACAGUAGACAGAGUGGUCUAUGAGGUGACUCAAAGUGUGGCAGGUCCAAAGAAGGAUUGUAAGUGUAUGUCUGGACAUUUAACUGGAUGUGUGUCUAUUUACAGUUGCAUCUGAAUAUUGAUGAAUCUGGCUAUUGAACAUCCAGAUAUUAGAGGGAUUGCUGUACACAUUUCACAUAUAUAUCAAAUAGCUCAUAUUAUAUUUAUGUACACAUUUGCCCCUAGUAUUUUAAUCUCAUUACUUUGUAUUGGGGUGAAUAUGUAGUUUAAUGCUGUGUAGAUCUUGUUGACUCUGGAAGGAUGAGCAUAUGUAGAGUGAAUCAAGAUAUUAUUAAGAUUUUGUUUCAUUAUGCACAGGAAGUUGCAGGGAAAGCUGGAUGCAGAUGUGACAGCUAGAGUCAUCUGGCUUAUCUUUUAUGUUAUCUACCUCUUCAAAAUUAAUAGGAGUACAGUAUAUGUUGCUUGUUUUGCUGAAGAAGUGGCUUAACAGGAUGAUAUUGCUGUAUAUUGUGCAGCCUUUUUCUGUAAAGCUUCUUAUACAUUGGAGGUCCAGAUGCAAAGCUAAUAAGUCUUCAGCUGGAUACAGUCAGCCAAGCUCCAGAACAUUUCUUUGUUGUGUAAGUCAAAUUUGUGAUGUGUGUUUAUGUAUUUGAUUCUCUGCAGUUGAGAGUGCAUUUAUCUAUUAGAAUGUAUAACUUAUUUUAUUACUAUUGCACUUUGUCAUAUACUCAAUAUUGGUGACAGUUUAUUUUUCAUCUGGAGAAACCAUUGCUAGUGUACGUACAAGAAGCACGUGUAUGUUUGUUCAGAACUGCAAUAACCAUCACAGUUGUAGUAUAGCAUAUCAGAUUACACAGACCAAAUAUUUGUAACUUUUGUUAUUGUUGGUGAGGGAGCUGAGGAACACCUGAGGUAUGUGUUUGUGCCCCUGCAUCUGAAUGGGUGGAGACAGCUAUUGUGUUCCAGCAUUAAUACAUCAUCAUCAUAGUUCACAGUGAACCAUCAGACACUCUUGGACUUGUGUAGCUGAGAUACAAAGUGCAUAACAUUUAGUUAUUGCACUAGAACAACCUCAGACAUAAUUAUACACCAGAAUUAGUAAAAAAUGUUAUUUAUAAAGCAAUUGAAUGAAAGCACAUUAUAAGAUGGUUUCCAUAGAGUUAAUACAGAUAUGUAAAUGAUGAUCACUUUGGGAACAAGUAUAAAGGAAGAUAAGUCAUAGAGAACAAAAUAGGAGACUAAAGAAAAGAAUGGCAGGACUGCACAAAACAAGAACUGUGCAGUCAAUAAGAGAUCAUAAGGCUGUUAGUAUUUUGUGGUCUUCCUAAGAAGGAAUUUUAUGUUGAUAAACAAAGUGAUGGAAUGUCAGAAGUGUAUUGCCUGUCUUUAGGAAGUACUGUUGUUAUUAAGAAGUGUAAAUGAAAGUACUUGGCAAAUUAAAAAAAUCAGACACUUUAGCACAUGACUGCAUCUGUUAAGUGUAUAGUGGCAGACAAAAAUUAAGCCUCAAAUUAGAAACUGUUGUGAUUAGAAAGCAUAAAAGUAGGUGGCAGUCAGACUCUAGGAUUCUGUACUGGGUAAAUGAGGAAAUCCGGCUCAGAUUUAACUUUUAGCCCACAACUGCAUCUUUUUCUAGUAGUGACUAUGCAGUGUGAUUUAACUCAGUGUCCUGCAUCCCAUUCCUCAGCCAGCCCUUACUCAUACAAAGCUCAAAUGCAGUUGUUGACUUGCUUCAAUGUUCAUGAGUGUGUUAAGACAUAAAUUACUCGUCUUUUACUUUGCUUUGCGCCCUUCCACAUGAGCAUAAUUCAUCCCUGUGUUGCGUGUGUUGGAGUAAUGAGUGGAUUCUUAGAUACUAAAUGUUCUCAUAGCUUAGGUGUUUAGGAGGAUGGAAUGGGAAACUGUAAUGCAUGUUUAUUCUUGUCAUUUUAUACCCUCAUUCAGAGUAUCCCUUCACAGGUGAUCCAAGACUCGGACUGUAUGUAGUGGUAAAGGCUGGUCCAGUGUCACUGAAAUUCAUUGUUGUCUAACCUGUGCAAUUCUGUGCCAAAUACGUGAUAAUUUUAAAAAUUUUUUGUAAUGUUGCAUGAAUUAAUAGUGCCAAGUGUGAGGCAUUUUGUUGUCAAAUAUUUUUGUUUUAUAUAUUGUUAAAUACAUAAAAUUGACAAAA